AUGACUGCCUCUGCCAGCGUCGCUAUGUCCAUGGACGUUCCUCCAGAUCAAAAUACAGCUCCGGUCCUCGAAUUUCGCUGCCUUUAUACAGCUGACACCCGUCGAAAACAGAAGCGUUGGCAAGAUGGGCGACUCAAAUACCAUACUUUUAAUAAGCGUAUCAUGGUAUUUGACGACAGAUCAAAUUUGGUAGGAGAUGCACACUGGCGCGAAAAUGCUCCACUUGAUGAAGGCGCCGAGUUGGAGUUGGAAAGAAAUGGAAUAUUGGUCGAAGUAUCGGAAUUCUUAGAGAGGAAGGACCAAGAUCUCACCGAGCUCAUCGAUAAAAGGGUCAAAGAAAGGGAAGAGAGAUUUAUUGCGAGAAACGGAGAUUCAUCACCAGCACGAUCCGCAGCAUAUGUUAUUCGGUCGCAAAGUAUUGCUGCAGCUCAUCUAAAACCGAGACCACUUAAUUCUAUACUUGGCACACCUUCUGGUCACUAUGGAAAGGCACUUGUGCCAAACACAUCUCUAUUUGAGCAACGGAAAAUACUAAAUGCUAGUAAUACGGACGAAAACGAGAGUCCCAGGCCUACGAAACGACGGAAGGCAAAUGAACCUCCACCAAGCAAAAGUGGCUUUGCGCAGAAUCUUAUGGGAGCCACCUUAUCAUUCACACCAACACCAUCGAGCACCGGACCCGUACGAUAUGAAUCUUUAAAGCUCAAGUCUAUCCAACGAACGGAAAGUAACGAUAAUGAAGAAAAUGGAGACAACAACCAAGACGCUCCCUCAAGCAGGAACCCGGGCUUGGUAGGUGAUAUGACCAGAGAGACAAACUCCUCUAGAAACCGAAUACAAUCCCGAAAGAGGGACAAGCCUGAAAAAAGUGGAUAUGCUAGUAACCUUACUGGGGCAUCUCUAUCACUCUCUUCUUUCCGCGAAGUUACUCCCAAAAAUAUCGAAAGAACACCAACCGCGCAGAAGACUAAAACAAAGACCAUCGACCUAUCAAUGGACACAAGCUCUGAUGAAGACGGCCCUCUAGCCUCAAUUCCCAAAGCCAAAGAAGUUAAUCAGAAGAAAAAGAAACCUCGAAUUAACUCGUCUGAGCAGAUACCGCGCUUAUCAUCUCCGCCAGCAGAAGUUAUAGCAGUUUCCAAGCCAGCAGUGAAGCCUCCAAGUAAAAGGCAGGAGUCUCGGGAUUAUGUCUCACCGGUGGAUCAGCCACCGGAAAGAUCUCAUUCAUCUUUACGUAUCAAGUCCCGUCCACGAACUAGAAUGUUGAUGUUCAUGGACCAAUCCGGCUCUCGAUCUUCUCCAUUAGCAAUGGAGCAGGGGAUCAGCAGGUUAAGCAAGUCAAACUCCGUUAUUUAUUCGGUGAAACCACCUUCUAAUUCUGGGUCUUCUCCAUUGGCAGUGGAAAAGGAGACCACCAAAUCAGUCAAGCUAAAUCCUGUCCUGCCUGUAGCGAGAUCAUCUUCGCCCUUGAGGCUCUCACUUAGUGAUGAUGGUGGCAACCAUGGUGGGAACGAUUUUGAGAACGAUGAUGGCAACGAUGAGCCGCAAACACCUGCAUCCCUGGAUGAUUCGAGCUUUGGUGAUUUUGAAGAGCAUGCCUUCUCCCCACCGGAUGUUGGUAUCAAUCAUCAAAUGAUAGACGCAAUUCUGUCACGCACUCGACCACCCGAGGCUCAAGAAGCAAUACCUAAAGUCGCGUCGGUGACAGAGCAGCGAAACUCCGGAAAUGAACAGCUAUCUUGCCCGAGGAUCAUUGAGGGGGGUCCGAGACAGCCUGAAUUCAAGCAUUUUUCAACCGCGAAUGAGACUAGCUCUCGGAUAGCUGAGAAGCAUGCGCAAAACCAUGAUUUUGUUUUGCGAACUUCACCUGGAUAUCUUCGCCAAGUACCGGUAGCUACUAAGAUACAAAAUAGCAUCUCUGUUGGCCUGAACGAGGACGCCAUCUCGGAUCGGGUCUCAAAAACGAACAAGGAUUUAGUAAAACGAUCAGAACCUAAUGUGGGUUCCUUGGCUGAAGACAGUGGUGUGACAACAGUUUCCGACUCUACCAGGAAACCUAACACGCCUAACAUCGAGUCUGUUAUCACACCAAACCCUGCAGAGGAGAUAAGCGUUGCAGUAAGGGCCCCGGCCUCUGCGUCAUGCGCCCUCCAACCGACCUCGGUAGUUUCAAAAGCUGCGAUGCACUUUACAACUGCGGGCAAACGUAGUUCCAAUGUUCCUGUAUCAAAUCCAGUCAUAAAACCCCCAAAAGCAGUAGCUGAGAAUGGAGAAAGUGAUUUUGUUAGUACACAUGGGGCGGGCUCAAAACGCAUCGAAUCGGAGAAACGUUUAGUAGGUAUAACACCCAAUGGUUAUAAUUUCAGUGCAACUAGCGGCUUCAUGACCAAACUCAUGUCAACACCAAAUCAGAAACACAUGGAAGCUGUCCCUAUCAAGACGACACCUAGUUUAAUUGACCAACCCACGACUUCCAUCCCAGUCGCACAACCUUCGGAGAUUGUCGAAUUUAAGCAGUCGCCAACCACGUCCCCAGAUAUUUUUCCUACCGAGCAAACAAGAAGCUAUGAGACCAGUGGAUUCAUGUCUGCAAAUCAAAUAGUAGAGAAAGAAGCACAAAGUCGGACUUUAGUGGCCUCAAAUCCUGGAGAUCAGGGUCUUUCAAGGCCUAGACUUACCAACCCCGCAACUCGUAGAAUAUCAAUCCAAAAGACUGCGGAGAGAACCCUGCACGCACUAGCUCCAGCUGUUAAUCACAUGGGCCCACCCGCGGCGAUCUUUGGAGGCCUCGGAAGCGGGAGCAACACGACUAGCAAAACUUCAGCCAAAAGCGUUGGGGAUUCAGGAAAUCAACUAGGCGGAAAAGGGCCAUGGAGCAGAGAAUCAUUCGAUUUGUUUGGGUCAUGGAGGGCUCCUGUACAGCUGUCGUAA